AGCCGUCGGUCAGUUUUAGUGUAGGGAAUCCUCCACGACAGGUAGGUUUUCUUCGCUGCUGUCCGCCGCCGGCCCUUCCCCUUCGUCUUUGUCGCCGUCUCCGCCAAUUCUGAGUUCCGAUUCGGAGUUUCCCUUCGUCUUAGUCCACGGGUUUUAUUCUUGCAGUUCUUUUCUUCCAAUCCAAACUAAGGGGAGGGAGAAGACGGGCAUAGAUAGUGCCGUUUCAGUUCAUUCCGUUGACUCCGUCCCACCUUAAUAACGAUGGUGGAAUCAGAGAUGCAUCCGCAUGAUCCAACUAACAAUAAAAGCGACCUGGAGAAGAAGAAGAAGAAAGAAGAAAAGGCGAGAGAGAAAGAAUUGAAAAAACUUAAGGCUGCGCAAAAAGCAGAGGCAGCUAAAAUUCAGGCCCAACAAGCAUCUAGUACUUCAAAAACAGGUAAACGGAAGAACUUGAAAAGGGAGGCAGGAGAAGGAAACCCUGAAGAUUAUGUUGAUCCAGAAACUCCAUUUGGUGAUAAGAAACUUCUUUCUUGUCAAAUGGCUAAGCAAUUCAGUCCCAGUGCUGUAGAAAAAUCAUGGUAUGCAUGGUGGGAGAAAUCAGGCUUCUUUAUGGCAGAUUCUAGCAGCUCCAAGCCACCAUUUGUAAUUGUACUGCCACCUCCCAAUGUGACUGGAGCCCUACAUAUAGGCCAUGCCCUAACUUGUGCUAUCCAGGAUACUAUCAUGCGGUGGUGUAGAAUGUCUGGAUACAAUGCCUUGUGGGUGCCUGGAGUAGACCAUGCUGGGAUAGCAACACAGGUUGUUGUAGAGAAGAAAAUCAUGCGGGAAAGAAAAUUAACGAGGCAUGAUAUUGGCCGUGAGAAAUUUGUAUCUGAAGUGUGGAAUUGGAAGAAUGAGUACGGUGGCACCAUAUUGGAACAACUCCGACGAUUGGGUGCCUCACUUGAUUGGUCUCGAGAGUGCUUCACGAUGGAUGAGAAAAGAUGCAGGGCUGUGACAGAGGCAUUUGUUAGGCUUUACAGAGAAGGUCUAAUUUAUAGGGAUCUGCGAUUGGUGAAUUGGGACUGCAUUUUACGGACAGCGAUAUCGGAUAUUGAGGUAGACUAUUUGGACAUCAAAGAAAAGACACAGUUAAAGGUUCCUGGAUAUGACAAGCCAGUGGAGUUUGGCGUUUUGACAUCAUUUGCUUACCCUCUGGAAGGAGGAUUGGGUGAAAUUGUUGUGGCCACCACUAGAGUGGAAACAAUGCUUGGUGAUACUGCAAUUGCAAUACAUCCAGAUGACCAAAGAUAUAGCCACCUCCAUGGAAAAUUUGCCAUUCAUCCAUUUAAUGGAAGAAAACUUCCUAUAGUUUGCGAUGCAAUACUCGUUGAUCCAAAUUUUGGGACUGGUGCUGUUAAGAUAACUCCAGCCCAUGAUCCUAAUGAUUUUGAGGUUGGAAAGCGUCAUAAUCUUGAGUUUAUCAACAUCUUUACGGAUGAUGGUAAAAUAAAUAGUAAUGGUGGUCCAGAGUUCGUGGGGAUGCCACGUUUCACAGCCCGUAAGGCUUUGACAGAAGCCCUGCAGAGAAAGGGACUUUAUAGGGGUGCCAAAACGAAUGAGAUGCGCCUCGGCAUUUGUUCAAGAACCAAUGAUGUUGUGGAACCCCUCAUAAAGCCUCAAUGGUAUGUAAAUUGCAGCAGUAUGGCAAAGGAAGCUCUCGAUGCUGUGUUCAAUGAAGAAAACAGGAAAAUGGAGAUCAUUCCAAGACAAUAUGCUGCUGAAUGGAAGAGAUGGCUUGAGAACAUUCGUGAUUGGUGUGUUUCAAGGCAGCUUUGGUGGGGCCACCGUGUUCCUGCAUGGUAUGUGACUCUCGAGGAUGACGAACUGAAAGAAAUUGGUGUCUACAACAACCAUUGGGUUGUUGCUACAAAAGAGGAAGAUGCUCAAACAGAGGCUAGCAGAAUAUUUGCUGGAAAGAAUUUUAAGAUGUCUCAAGAUCCUGAUGUGCUGGACACCUGGUUUUCUUCUGGUCUCUUUCCAUUAUCUGUUUUAGGAUGGCCAGAUGAGACAGAUGAUUUGAAAACAUUUUAUCCGACUUCAGUUCUUGAAACUGGGCAUGACAUUCUCUUCUUUUGGGUUGCUCGUAUGGUGAUGCUAGGAAUUAAGCUUGGAGGUGAUGUACCUUUCAGGAAGGUUUAUUUGCACCCAAUGAUCCGUGAUGCCCACGGUAGGAAAAUGUCCAAGUCUCUCGGUAAUGUGAUUGAUCCGCUUGAAGUAAUAAAUGGAAUAACUCUUGAAGGUCUUCACAAAAGACUACAAGAGGGCAACUUGGAUAUAUCAGAACUGAAAGUUGCAAAAGAGGGACAAAGGAAAGACUUUCCUGAUGGUAUUCCUGAAUGUGGUGCUGAUGCUCUUCGUUUUGCUCUCGUCUCUUACACAGCACAGUCUGAUAAAAUAAAUCUGGACAUACAAAGGGUUGUUGGGUACCGCCAAUGGUGUAAUAAACUGUGGAAUGCUGUGCGAUUUGCCAUGAGCAAGCUAGGAGAUGAUUAUGUCCCGCCAGCAAAAAUUGUCCCAGAUAUUAUGCCAUUUAGCUGCCAGUGGAUUCUCUCUGUAUUAAACAAGGCUAUUUUGAAAACUGUGUCAUCCUUGGAAUUGUACGAGUUUUCUGAUGCUGCUAGUGCAGUAUAUUCAUGGUGGCAAUCCCAGAUGUGUGAUGUGUUCAUUGAAGCAGUCAAGCCUUACUUCACCAAUGAUGAUCAAACAUAUGCAUCUGCAAGGAGUUCUGCACGAGACACCCUGUGGUUCUGUCUAGAUAAUGGACUGCGGUUGCUUCAUCCAUUCAUGCCUUUUGUUACUGAAGAACUGUGGCAACGACUUCCUUCACCCAAGGAUUGUGUAAGAAAGGAGUCAAUUAUGAUAUGCAAGUACCCAACUGUAGUAGAGGCUUGGACAAAUGAAAGGGUUGAAUAUGAGAUGGAUAUUGUUGAGUCCGCGGUAAAAUCACUCAGGUCACUCCGGUCAUUGAUGCCUCCAAAGGAAAGGCAUGAAAGGCGAGCGGCUUUUGCACUUUGCCGAAAUGAUGCAGUUGCAGACAUUAUCUCUAGCCAUGAACUUGAGAUUGCCACUCUUGCCACUUUAUCAUCUCUAAAGGUUCUAAGGGAGAUUGAUGCUGCUCCAGCUGGAUGUGCUGUGUCGGUGGUUAAUGAGUCUCUUUCUGUUUAUCUCAAGCUUCGAGGAACUCUUAACGCAGAGGCAGAGCGUGAAAAAGUGAAGAAAAAGAUGGAGGAGAUACAAAAACAAAGAGACGGCCUGACGAAGAUGAUGGACGCUGCUGGCUACAGGGAGAAGGUUCCCCCCCAUAUUCAUGAAGAGAAUGUGGCUAAGUUAUCAACUCUGAUGCAAGAACUGUUGUCUUUUGAGGAAGCUAGCCAGCAUCUGGAGCGUGAAAUUGCUGCCGAAGCAUCCACAAAUAAUUCUAGCUAGCUAGAUGCUGAACCCCCGAGAUUUAAUUCAUUCUAAUUCAUGAUGGGCUGGUCAUCUUACGGUACAAUUCAAAGCCCCCAAGAGAGAGAGAGAGAGAGAGAGAGAGAGAGAGAGAGUCAGCUGGUUGAAUAUUGUCUUUAAAUUAAACGUGAAAAACUCAUCUUACUAUAUUUUCAGCUUUUUGAUUAAACAGCCGGUAUAAUUUAUAAUACGAAUUACAGCCAGAAAUUGAAGAAA